AUGGCCAUCGAAGUGGCCGGCCUAGUUGGCGUUUCUAUUGGAAAGACUCCAGAAGAUGUUGGCAGCAAUUGGUGUUGGUCCACGGGCCACAGAACACCAGAUACCGCGCGCUCUGCGAAGCUCUGCUUCAUCUUCUGGCGCCAAUGUAUUAUUAACGGCGAAGAGGUCGUCGACACUGGAUCUCGUUGA